CUCUGUCGUGAUUCGUGACUCGCUAGUGGUCGCAUGUUUUGUAGUGGUUAAUGAGGUUAUGUUUAUAUGUGAGUGUUUUAUAGAGGUACAACUUGUAUUGAAUUCAAUUUAAAUUAUUAAGAUAUUUUGAGGACUUAUUCUUAUCACCUAUUUAUUAUUGGGGAUCAUUAUUCUCUAUUUUUCCUUUUGUGAUGCAAUCUAAUGUGUCUGAUCAAUGUGACAAUUCUACAAAACGUAAGAAAAAACGGUCUCUUAAUCAACAAGUAAAAAAACGAUUCAAGAAAAGUUCAUCAUUUUCUAAAGGAAGAAGAUUUGAACAAGUGGAACAUGAAUAUUUUAUGCGUGUAUUUGAAUUGGAGAGCAUAUUUGAGGGUUCCAAGGAUGAGAAAACUAUCUUUGCCAAUAAUGCUUUGGCCCAAACAGCAAAUCGUGAAGUCGAUUGUGCUUUUAACCAGCUGAUUUCACAUGUUAUUGAGAAAUUGCUACCUCUGGCUACCAAUGAUGUGCUGGAGAGAUACUUUCAAGCCUUUGGUGAAAACCUUCGUCCGAUAUGUGGAGACAACUUUGCCAGCCAUGUGUUGCAGGCUCUAUUGCUCCAAGCUACUCAACGGCUAUUGCAAGGAAACUCAACAGAUAUUGAAGGAGUUCAUGCUGCUCAGUGGAAAGACUGGGUCUUGAAGGUGUCGAGGUUCUUGUUGAACAAUAUUGAAGAGUUCAUGUGGGAGAGAUAUGCCAGUCCUGUCCUGCGAACUGCUGUUUUCUGUUUGGCUGGACUUCCCCACUUGGACAAACACAGUGUAACAAAAGAUAAGGGGAAAAAGGCAAACCAUAAUGUUAUUAGUGUGAAACAAGAGGAAAUCAAUCCUCUGAAAUUUCCUGAAGAAUUUUUGAAUUUAUUAGAAGAAUUCCCUGACCGGAUCAUGAAGUGGCCUAAUUUUAAAGAGUUUGUAGAUGACUCUCUUUCAUCAGGAUUUUUACAAUGUCUGCUGAUUGCUCUAAAACUGAAAAGCAGAAAGAAGUACACAAGCCUUUGUAAUAAGAUCUUAGAUGAAUGUUUUCCUCCGAAUGCACAUGAAUCAAAGAUGUUUUCACCAGUUGCCUUGCCAGUAUUGGAAGUGGUAAUUGAACAGAGUAAGGACAAAAUGUUAAGGAAGAUUUAUGAUUGUCUGCUCUCCAAGCGGUUAGUUGACAUGGCGACAGCAAGAGUGGCCCAAAUUACUCUGCAGAAGUUUAUAAACAAGUGCAACAAUGCUGAAAUGCUAGAGGAGAUUCUGAAUGCUCUAAUUCCAAUGCAAAACCUCCUUCAGUCUGGUAACCAUGGGGUUCUGGUCAGCUUGUGUCAGGCUUGUGAGAGACUAAAGAAAGGUCAAUCAAAGUUCUUUCAGGCUCUAAAGAAAGCACUUUGUGUAGAAGAUGAUUGUGAGCAGCUUGUGCCUGCUAUCAUGGCUAUGACACCACUUCCUCACCAAUCUUCCCUGAGAGACUCCAAACAUGGUUCUCUUAUUAUCCAGUCUAUACUCGGAUUCCAAAAACCCACUAAGGUGGUGAACUCGUUAUUGUCAUAUGAACCUAAACAGUUGGCAGACCUGCUCUCUACAUCAUUUGGUUCAUUCAUCACAAAGGCAUAUUGUAAAUCGGAGUAUGUUGGAGAAAAGAGUCGGCUCAAACUGAUCCAGAAACUGAUGGGGCGUUAUUCGUACAUGGCAAAAUCAAUUUUCGGAUCAAGAAGUUUUGACGACAUCUGGGAGGUUGCAGACUUUAAGAGCCGAACGAUGAUUGUGAAGGACCUGGCAGGAGGAUACUCAGAACUGACCACGACUUCCUGUGGCCGCGGUGUAAUGACAAAAGUGCGACUGGAGGACUACAGGUCUAAAGGAGAAGAGCAUUGGAAACGCACGUGGCAGAAAAUUGAGUCUAAGAGGAAGCUGUUUGCUCCCAUUAUUGGAAACGUGAAAUAAAUUUAUUGUUUUGAAUUUUA